UUGGCUUCUCUAAGACAUGGAGACUGGAGGGUCGGGGGGUGCUGGUCUGGGAGAUACUGCUGGGCACUGAACGCGCACAAAAGGGCGCCAGGCGUCCUCGCUGGGCCCCCCAACCCGAAACACCGGCUGGACAUCAAGAUGCCAACAUACAUAUAUGGUCAGUCCAGUCCUUCUCUAGGAGAUGCAAAACUCAGAAAACCAAUGCUCAUCGAAAUCAUAGAAAAAAAAUUUGAAUAUCUUAGAAAAGAAAAGACUUUAAAUAUAUAUGGAACAGUGACCUUUGGAACAACAGCUGGUUUCUCUGGAAUAUUGGCAAACUUAAUUUUCAGACAUUGCUUCAAGGUUAAACAUGAUGCUUUGAAGACAUAUGCAUCAUUGACUACACUUCCAUUUUUGUCUACCAUAGUUUCUUAUGAGCUUCUUGUAAGACAUGCUUUGUAUUCAGGUAAUAUAAGCCGGGAAAAUUGUGUUCUGAGAAGUUCACUGAUUGGCAUAGUGUGUGGUGUUUUAUAUCCCAUUGCUUUAGCUUUUUCUAAAAAUGGACGCCUGGCAGUCAAGUAUCAUACUGUUCCACUGCCACCAAAAGGAAGGGUUUUACGUUAUUGGCUGCUGCUUUGUCAAACAGAGGUAAAAGCAAUGUUGAUUCCUCUUAUACUUCAGACAGCCCUUGGAAUAUAUCAUGGUCAACAGCAUUAUGCAAUAUUUGAAAGUACACUUGAGAAAACUGUACAUGAAGAUUAACCAAAGAAUGAAUGGAUACUAAAUCAGUAUAAUGGACUUUUUUAUGAUGAGGACUUAGGCACUGCUGAAAGAGUUAAAAGUAAUUCUGGAUAGACAAUUUGUUUCUUUUCCUUUUGCCUUGUGUAUAGCAGGUGCUCAAUAAAUAUUCAGUAAUUAAAUAAAUAUAGGUUUCGUCUCUGUUUUGUCAUUGUCUGUGGAAAUGGAUUUGAGGCCUCAAGGUCUGAUCAUUUAUGUAUUAUGUCUGAUUCAUUUAUGUAUGUAUUCAUUCACAAACAUUUAUUGAGCACCUGCUAGGUCUCAGACAUUGUGUUACAUAUAGUAAGAAAUCAUCCUUAUCCAGAAAGAACUCACAAUUAGAAAUGUGAACACAUAGCAUGAGAGGGUUUGAGAGAUAUACACAUAAUUCUUUGGGCACACUGAGGGUGUGGCUGUUAACUACUUGUGCAGAAGGGAAAGCUAUGGGGAGAAAGUGACAUUUGUCCUAGAUUUUGAAAGGGAAGUUGAAAGUUCACAAGAAAGCAAUAUAGAAAUAACAUAACAGCCCAUUCCUCUACUCUAAACUCGAAUUCAGUACACUUCAGUACACUUACUAGCUCUUAUCAUUGACAAAUUACCUUUACUGUGCUAUUUAAAGAACAUUUAUUGAGUGCAUUAAUAUAGGCACCAGGGGUACGAAAAUUCAGUCACUGCCCUCAAGAAGCAUAAAAUCUAAAGAAAGAGAUCACAGCAUGCUUCUUUAAGUCUGCUAGAGCAUUCUUGAGCUACAUGUUUAGUUAGGGAAAUAGGAGAGGAAAUGAAUGCUGUCUGAUGGAAAGAAUAAGACACAGAAUGGAACCCCAUAACUCAUUCUCCUUGUCUUAAUCACAUUUAUCUUGAGAUUUAAAGAUUUGGUCAUCUGAGGCCCCAAGCAACACAAAACAGAAAUGGAAGUCUUAAUGAGGUGCUUUACAGCAUCAUAUAUAACAAAAUGAAAUACACACACUCUUUUACUAAUAAAAAAAAAAUGGUUAGUAAGCCGUCCAGCUUUGUAUUCUCAGAAUAAUUCAUGAUACUUGAAACUCUGAGGAAAGGGCAGGCAAUUGGGGGAAGAGAGGAAACCAAGUCAAAUAGAUAACAAGAACAAUGGUAUUAAUAUUAACUCUUAAACAAUUAUUAUUAUACAAUUAUACAAGUACAUGAAUACCUUCUUAUUGUGAGAUAUACAAAUGAUCCAGAAGUAUAUAGAGCGUGACUUGAAAGUCCCCCUUCACUCCCACUCCAUCCUAUUUCUACUCCAUUCUCCAGAGGCAACCAUCAUCAAGUUAGCACAUCUUUUUCCUUGUAGUAUUCUUUUGUAACUUACAUAUUUUUUUAAUAAAUGGUAUUAUCCAUACAUAUACUGGAAAUUAAUUUUCCCUUCAAUAUAUGUCUUGGAGAUCUUUCCGACUCAUUACGUGUAGGUCUAACAUGUUCUUUUUGUUGACUGAAAAACAUUCUUGGUGAUUCUAGUAUUCACAUAGGUGAUCCUUCCAAUACCCUGGUCUCUCUAUCCUACCACUUAUUCCCAUGGUCAUACUUUAGACCUGUGCUGUCCAAUAUAGUAGUCAUUAGCCAUGUGUGGCUCCUGAGCAUUUGAAAUGUGAGUAGUCUAAAUUGAGAUAUGUAGUAAGUAUAAAAUACACAUUAAGUUUUAAAGAUUUACUAUGUAAAAAAGAAUAUAAAACAUCUCAAUAACCUUUUGAUUACAUGUUGAAAUGUUACUCUUGGAUAUAUUGGAUUAAAUAAAAUACAUUAAAAUUAAUUUUACCUGCUUUUUUAAAAAUCUGGCUACUAUGAAAUUUUAAGUUAUAUACACAGCACAUAUUUUUAUUGGACUGUGUUGCCCUAGACCUUGUCAUUAUCAAUAAAUUGAAAUUCUUCACAUUCUCAAUUGUAAAAUCCCAUAUUCUGAUCACUACCUCCUGUCCUUCCUGUUUAUUCCUUCUCAUACUGCAAUCCGGCAUUACUUCAGCUCUAUCAGAAUCUAUAAUCCAUCAAUCCCACUACCUUUUCACUGUCUCUCACCCCCCUCACAUCCUUACCAUCUCCAGCUUCAGUCACAUCAAUCUUUUUAAAGUUUGCCAAUAUCAAGGGAAAAAAAACAUAAAAAUGAAUCUAGCUAAGGUUGAUUUUGAAAUAAAGAUAUUUGCCUCGUUUUGUGAAUUUUCUGUUCAUGUCUUUGGCGCAUUUGAUUUGUAGAUCAAAUAAAUUCUCUAUAAAUUCUGG